AUGUCUAGUAUUAAUAUUUCAAGCGAUCUUCCUGCGUACAGCCAUGCCGAUGUUUACGAUGAUGAUCUCGAAAAGGGACUUCCUUUGAACAUACCACAGGACACAAACAAAUCACCCAAUUCAGGUUCUUUGAAAGUCAAAGAGAAGAAAGAUAUAUUUAUGGAUCAAUUAAGCGAUUUUCCUUCCUUUUGCGAAGAAAGGAAACGUGAAGCUUUACAAUUCCUAAAUGGGGAUUUUCCCGGCAAUGUAGUUCUUAAAGAGAAGUCGCAACGACUGUUAUCUACAAUUAUUCCCUCUUUGGUGUGUGUCUGUGCAAUAUCUUGCUACUUCCGAACAUAUGCUUUUCUAGUCGAUGGCAUUAAAGAUUGGGACAAGUAG